GCGUCAGUGGAGCGAGGAGCGCACGAGCUCAAAACCACAAUAAUGGCAACCACAACCGCAGAAGCCGAGACCCGUCAAAGACUGCUGCGAAACGUGAAGAAGGAGGUCAAGCAGAUCAUGGAGGAAGCAGUCACAAGGAAGUUUGUUCAUGAAGACAGCAGCCAUAUUGUUUCCUUCUGUGCUGCUGUUGAAGCCUGUGUGCUUCAUGGGUUGAAGCGGAGAGCUGCUGGUUUCUUGCGAAGCAACAAGAUAGCUGCGCUCUUCACCAAAGUGGGCAAAAGCUUCCCUCCAGCUGAAGAGCUGUGCAGAAAAGCCCAGGAGCUGGAACUGGUCUUUGAGAGCAAACGAAGUCAGUCUCUCUCAUACAGCGAAAGCACCCGUAAGAUGCCCAAAGUCCUAAACUUCUCACCUCAGGCCGUCAGACAUGUGUGGAUCCACACCGCACUCAUUGAGAAAGUGCUAGACAAGAUCGUGCUGUACCUGGUGGAAAACAGCAGUAAGUUUUAUGAGAAGGAAGCUAUCCUAAUGGACCCUGUGGAUGGCCCUAUCCUUGCCUCUUUGUUAGUGGGCCCAUGUGCAUUGGAGUACACUAAAAUGAAGACGGCAGAUCAUUUCUGGACGGAUCCUUCAGCUGACGAGUUGGUGCAAAGGCAUCGUAUUCACAGUGGCCAUUGCCGACAAGACUCUCCUACAAAGAGACCUGCCCUCUGUAUUCAGAAAAGACACUCCAGUAGUAGUAUGGAUGAAAGGCCAUCUCCCUCCCCCUCUGCCAGAGACUACGUGGAGUCUCUUCAUCAGAAUUCCAGAGCGACCCUCCUGUUCGGCAAGAACAACGUUCUGGUGCAGCCGAGGGAUGAUAUGGAAGCAAUCCCAGGGUACCUCUCUCUCCACCAGACGGCUGACUGCAUGACUCUGAAAUGGACGCCAAAUCAGCUAAUGAACGGCUCCAUGGGAGAUCUCGACUAUGAGAAGAGUGUUUACUGGGACUAUGCCAUGACCAUCCGCCUGGAGGAGAUUGUGUACUUGCACUGUCAUCAGCAGGUGGACUGUGGGGGAACAGUGGUUCUGGUUAGUCAGGAUGGGAUUCAAAGGCCACCGCUUCGUUUUCCCCGCGGUGGUCACCUCCUACAGUUCCUCUCCUGUCUGGAAAAUGGGCUGCUGCCUCACGGACAGUUAGACCCGCCGCUUUGGUCCCAGAGAGGAAAGGGUAAAAUAUUUCCUAAGCUAAAGAAGAGAUGUCCACAGGGAUCCUCAGACUCUGUCUCAGACAAAGAAGAGGAAGAAGCAACCGAUUAUGUCUUCCGCAUUGUUUUCCCAAACAGCCAGUCAGAAUUUGUGACUUUUACCCAGUCCUCCCAUCUCUCACUGGGUACUGUCCGCCUGGCCCGAUCUCUCUCCCUGAACUCGAGAGGGCUGUGUCUUCCUAAACGGCAGACGCUGGUGAUGCCAAAGCGCCACUGCAGCUCCCCGGGAGAGUCUCCAUCCUCCCCUGAGCUCAGCUUGGCACCAGAAUUGAUGGAUCAGGGAUCAAACAUGUGGCACCCAACACCAAGGAAAUCAUCUUGCUCUUCCUGCUCACAGAGUAGUUUCUCUGAUGGAGCACCGCCCAAUGGAUGCAAUCAUGAAAGGGCCCCUCUGAAGUUGCUGUGUGACAACAUGAAGAACCAAAUCAUCUCUCGGGCUUUCUAUGGAUGGCUGGCGUACUGCCGUCACCUGUCCACGGUACGCACUCACCUGUCUGGCCUUGUCAAUCACUCUAUUGUGGAGCCAGAUGUGCCCAGUGAUGCCUAUGGAGGCCUCACGACAGAAGUGUGGCAGAAGUUUCUUCAAGAUUGCAGUACUAUUGAGGAGAAGGAGUUGCUGCGGCUAGUUUAUUUCGGUGGAGUUGAGCCUUCUUUGCGAAAGGAGGUCUGGCCUUUCCUGCUGGGUCAUUACCAAUUUGGGAUGUCUGAGGCUGACAGAAAAGAGGUGGAUGAGCAGAUGCGGGCAAGCUACGAGCAGACAAUGAGCGAAUGGCUGCGGUGUGAGGCCAUUGUUAGACAGAGAGAAAAAGAACAGCACGCUGUGGCGUUAGCCAAGUGUUCGUCUGGGGCGAGUAUAGACAGCGUCACACAGAGAAUAAUGCACCGUGACUCCACCGUCAGUAAUGAGUCCUCGCAGAGCUGUAGUUCAGGCAGGCAAAGAGAUUCCAGGCUGCAGAGCGACUCCAGCAGCAGUACUCAAUUCUUCACUUCCCAAAACCCCUUCCCCUGGAGUAGCUUUCUUCCGUUUGGUUUGUUUUUCCAGGUGUUUGAGUCUGUAGAAGAAGUCGACCAGAUCGAGUCCGAACCCAAGUGUGAAGACGCAAAACAGGUUUCCAAAAUCUCAAAUGGAACACCGCAAAAUGGCACAAGUUCUCCAGACUCCGGUCUACCCUCUUCCAGAAACUUCUCCAUUACUUCUGGUCACUCAGACUCUUUGAGCACAGAGGACAGUGGGAUACAUGACCCAAGCCUUAAAGCUCAACCACAGCUAGCAGUAUCAAAGGAGAGAUUUGCGAGUUCAUCUGGUGAGGUGACUGAGGAAGAGAAAAGCAAGAAGGCCACAGAGAGCCUUUCCGAUAAAAUGUCAGAGGUGGAGACUGAGGGGCUGAGGAUGGCUCGAGAUGCCUUUGAGGCUCCUGCAGCAGUUCGCAGCCACAUGACCAAAAUGGAAGCGGGCGACUCUCCAGAGAGGACUUUGACAUCAGAAAAUGAAGCACUGGCAGAAAUUCCCAAAGUGACAGAGGUCGAGGAAUCCACUCCUUCAGAGCAGAAGAUGAAUGAGAAUCCGGUAAGUGUGGACACUGAAAGGUCCCACAUGGGAAUUAAAGAUAUCAUAGCAAUCCCAGAGGAACCUUUGGCAACAAAAGAUCAUAAGGUAUCAGAUGCACUUGAGCAUAAGGUUAUAGCUGACAUACUGGUGUCUGUUUCAAAGGACGAUGAUACAGAGAAAGAAACCAAUCAAUUAAACAAAGCUAAAGACCACAAGACAUGCAUAGAUGACGCCAAUGAUUUUAGUGGCACACAAAGAGCUUUAAAACCAAGUGAUGAGAAAGAAAACAAGACCAGUGAGUUACCCAGUGGAGCUGGAACAACAGUAAAGAGGAAAGCAACAUCAUUUCUCCCAAAAACCAUUGGUACAGAGCUAAGAGAAAGAACGGAUGAUUCAAAGAAGAGCACACAUAAAGAAAUGCAGAGGAAAGCUCCAGUAAUUGAAGAGACGGUGGUCCCAUUGGUGCAUGAAGCUUUUAGCACAAGAGAGAUGGGUGAAGCCCAAGAUGCAACUGAGUCAGACGAGUCUCCCUCUGCAAUUCAAAUGGAAGAGAUUCCUACAGCUAAAGUGUCCAUGGUUUGGGAAAGGAAGAGUUCACCUAAAAGGAAGGCUAGUGAGCGGACAGCUGUAGCUGUGUUGGAGCUCAGGCUGGAGGAAGCUCAUGGAAAGCCCAGCUCUGAAGGAAUGGACUCUGAGGAGCCAGAGAUGGAGAGUCUUUGCCCACAGCUGGAUUCACUGGCUGUAAACGCUGAGAAGAAUGAAGCUACCGCUCCAGUUGCCUAUAUAGGCACCACUUGUUCUCAAGAGCUUUUGGACCUGUACACUCUAAAUCUGCAUCGCAUUGAUAAAGACGUUCAGCGCUGUGACCGAAAUUACUGGUAUUUUACUCCUGCUAACUUGGAAAAAUUGCGCAACAUCAUGUGCAGUUAUAUCUGGCAGCACCUGGAAAUUGGAUAUGUCCAGGGCAUGUGUGACCUGCUCGCUCCCUUGCUAGUUAUUCUAGAUGAUGAGGCCAUGGCUUUUAGUUGUUUCACUGAACUAAUGAAAAGGAUGAAUCAAAAUUUUCCUCAUGGAGGUGCGAUGGACAAACACUUUGCCAAUAUGAGAUCUCUCAUCCAGAUUCUAGACGCAGAGCUGUUUGAGCUAAUGCAUCAGAACGGAGACUACACACACUUCUACUUCUGCUAUCGCUGGUUUCUUCUUGACUUUAAAAGAGAGUUGGUGUAUGAUGAUGUGUUUGCUGUUUGGGAGGUCAUCUGGGCGGCUAAGUGUGUCUCCUCCAGUCAUUUUGGGCUCUUCAUUGCACUUUCAUUGGUGGAGAUAUACAGAGACAUCAUACUAGAAAACAAUAUGGACUUCACAGACAUCAUCAAGUUUUUCAAUGAAAUGGCUGAGCAUCACAAUAUCAAGCAAAUUCUGACUCUGGCUCGAGACCUGGUUUGCAAAGUGCAGACGCUUAUAGAGAACAAGUAACUCUGAAACCUCUCACCUCUGUUGUUUAAAUCAUGUUCACAGUGUAACCCAUCAGCCCUUGCUACAAAACAACAGGGAAUAUUUGGCCAAAGCUUAAUGAGAUUCAUGGUAACAUUGCCAAUGCCAAACUUCUUGAUCUGCCUGCAAUCGGUCAGUGUGCGAUUUUAAUAGACUGCUCUGGUUCUUUAAUCAGGUUUUCCUGAACAUCUUAGUACAUCAAAUUUUAUAAGCAGAUGCUGCUAAUGAGUGGUCAUUCACUGUUUGACAUGGAUUUUCCUCCUGUGUCUAAAAUGCAGUUAGGAUUACCAGUCACUAGUGACUCAUGGGCUCUGUUCCAAAACCUAGUGAGCUGCCUUGCUGUCUACUGCCUACAUAAACUGAAGCUGAACAUCACAAGUGACUGAUUUGUUUCCAACUUGAUUCAAGUAGAAUUUGGUGUUAGUAUGUUUUUUUUCAAGUUAAUAUAAUGACACAUACUGUACAUAGCACUCACACACAUUCUGGGUAGAACAGUCAGUUAAAAUCAGAUUUAAAGGCACAAUGUGUGAGUUUUCACCACUAGAGGGUGCAUAUUCAAAAACAAACAAAGGCGAAGUUUGAUGACACCGUGAGUGAGUGUGGAAUUAUGGGAGUUGUCGUCUUCAACCCUGUCUAAUAAAAAACAUAACAUAUUAAAGCAUCUUCAUGUUUUCUAAAAAAACAAAACCAGGAAUCAGAAUAUAUUGCGUCAUUUGGCAGGUGACACAAUGUCACUAUGGACACGGUCUGUGUCUCUAGUUAAAAUUGCUUAUUUCUCUGGAUUUAAACAUUUUUCUAAAAUUUGGGAUUAUGUUAGUAUACAUAUAUAUCACUGUUCUAGUGGUUUUUGCAUAUUUUAAAAAAUCUUACAUAUUGUGCUUUAAAACUUUAUUGAUACAUGCCAAUGAAAACAAGUAUUUUUAAACAUUUCCUUCAUUCAUGUCAUGCUGCCUUAAUAUUUGACCAGUAGAACAUAUCUUAGAAAGCAGCAUCAUGUUGCAGAAAUGUGCCUAUGAUGCCUUAAAAUGCUGCCUUUGUAGGCAGCUCACUAGGUUUUUAGACAGAGCAAUAGUUCAGAAGUUCAGGUCAGGUGCAUUUUAUUGCUAAGAGACGCUCACACUAGAUUUCAUGCUGCAUUUGCUUUCACAUAUAUGGAGUGCACAUGUACACUGCUGUUCAAAAGUUUGGGAUCAGUCUGGUUUUUUUUUUAAGUUUUUGGAAGUCCCAUGCACACCAAGUCAGCAUUUAUUUGAUUAAAAAAUGCAGUAACAACAGGACUGUAAAAAUAAUAUUAAAAAACUUUUCUAUUUUAAUUUAUUUAAGAAUGUAAUUUAUUCUUGUGAUGGCAAAACUGAAUUUUUGCUUAAUAUAUUUGUGGAGAAUGCUAAUGAACAUAAUUUAUUUUUUUCAUAUAAAUCUUUUGUAACAUUAUAAAUGUAUUUACUGUCAGUUUUGAUGCAUCAAAUUAUUCCUUUGUGAAUAACAGUAUUUUUAUUUUUUUAAAAAGCUGACCUUAAAACCUUUUGAACAGUAGUGUAUUCAUAGAUUGUACUUUAUACAAAUUUACAUUAAAAAGAGGUUUGAUUUGUAAUGCCAUGGAAAACUGUAGUAGAUUUAUGUAGCAGAUAAUAUAUGUAUUAUAUUUAAACAUUUCAUUUUAUUUAUAAUUUAUUAAAAAACAGAAGCCAGAGAGUACGAUACGUUGUUACAGAUAUAAAGGAUGAUUUUUCUUGCCUAAAAUCUAGUGUGACCGCCUUCGUAAAGCUUCUGUAUGACUUUACUAGUAUUCUGAUGUGCCACUUUUAAUAUUAUAUGGAUUUUCUUGUGCUUUUAGUCGUUUCUGAAACCUGCUUAUUUCCGAGUCAGUGUUUACUGUGAGUUGUUUCAUUCAAUCAGAUCAGGUUAUCAUAUCACACAGUAAAUUAUUAGACAAUACCAAGGAAUGCCUCUAGGUAUUAGAUUUAGAACAGAGAAAAAAUUGUGCGUAAGUUUCUUCUCUUUGUGUUACAGAACUGAAUAAUAAUUUGGGGGUUUUCAUGGGUUUAUGUCAUGUUUGAGUCAGUACUGUGUUCCAGUGCAUUGGUGUCAUGUUUUCAGUCAGCUUAUGAAUACCUGGCAUUAGGAUUUGAUGUUUGUGUGUGUGUGUGUGUGUGUGUGUGUGUGUGUGUGUGUGUGUGUGUGUGUGUGUGUGUGUGUGUGUGUGUGUGUGUGUGUGUGUGGACAGCUCACAAUCACUACCACAAGGCCUUGUCUGCUUGAUGUAUUCUUGCUGUUUGUGGACUGUACAGAAAAUAUGUUACAUGCUAUAUUUAUUAUAUAGAGAGAAUCUAUAUUAUUAACUUUGGUGUCGUUGCCUACAUGGUUUUCAGAAUGGACACUAAUAUUCACACGAAAUGAAACUCAUCAGUGCUCUUAUUUAUUUUUCCUUACGAAAUUGUUGUAUAAAAUGUACAUUGCGUUUCUUCUUCCACACUAACCACACUCCUCUGGUAUGGAUCUAAUAUUAUAACGUUGUAAUCACAAUGAAUUGUUGAUCCUAUGAUCAAACCAGUACAGCUACGGGUCUGAAACCACAAUGAGGUGCAAUCAGAAAGUGUAUCGAAUCACAAGUAUAAUUAUUCAUAUGUUUGAUCUUUAACACAAGGCUAAAAAUGACCAUUUAAGCAAGAAUAGUAAAGCAGAUCAAAAUCAAAGUGUAUUCCAAACUUCUGUGAACACAUGAAUUUGCAUCUAAUCUGCAGAAUCUAUGUGAUCCUGAAAUGAGCAGGUGUUAAUAAUUCUGCUGCUUCGAAUCUUGUUGAUUUCUUCAUGUGCAAAAUAUAUUCUGAAAUAGAAGAAAAAAAACAAAUUUAUAUAAUUUGUAUGUGUUGUUCCGUAUUUAUUUAUAUCUGAAUGUAUGCAUUUUGUCUGUUUUUAUUGUGAAUGUUCUUGCUACACUGUGGUCAAUCACUACAAAGUGUUAAAAUCUAAAUAUAUAUUAAAUGGUAAAUGUACUUAUUUAAAAAAACUAAAUAAAAUGGAAUUGUUCUUAUUUUUCCAACAAA